CUUGCCCCAAUAAGUGUCCAGCGAGCUACUCAGUUCCGCCAUUUUCUGACGUCAUUGUCCAAUCCUAUCCUGGAGCGUGUAGGCUCAGUCGGUGCGGAGUCAUGAAAGUGUUUGUAAACAACUCAGUCAGAAGGCGCAGCAAACUGGAGUCGGACCAAUUCCCACAUACAUCCCUGAGUGUCAACACAUCCUCCGAAGUGUCCCUACUCUUGGGAUAUAAAGGAUGUUUGAACUCACGAUUUCUUGAUGUCUUUAAGUCGACGGGAUGACACAACUGUAACGCUACUGACUAAUUCAUAGCUGUUUGAGUAGCUAUAGCAUUCUGGUUGCAGAGCCUCAUAAUCCCUUUCAUUUCCUGCGUACUGUACACCCCACUGAGUUAAGAUGCCCUGGCCAUUUUCGGAGUCCAUCAAGAAGCGGGCCUGCAGGUACCUUCUUCAUCGGUACCUUGGCAACUUUCUACAGGAGAAGCUGAGUUUGGAUCAGCUCAGUUUAGACCUCUAUCAAGGCACUGGAUCACUUGCCCAAGUGCCAUUGGAUAAAUGGUCACUCAAUGAACUCCUAGAGACGGCAGAUGCUCCUUUUGAAGUAAUCGCAGGGUUCAUCCAGACUAUUUCUCUAACCGUCCCAUGGGCAGCCCUGCUGCAGGAGAACUGUGCCCUAGAGGUGAAGGGUUUGGAGAUGGUGCUCAGACCAAGACCAAGAGCAGCAUCUGGCAUUGAGCCCAUGUACUGGUCCAGUUUCAUGACGAGCAGCAUGCAGCUUGCCAAAGAAUGUCUGAGCCAGAAACUCACCGAUGAUAUGGGAGAGAGCUUCCAGCCUUUUGAGGGAUUAGAGAAGUUUGCAGAAACGAUAGAGACAGUUCUGAGAAGGGUCAAAGUGACAUUUUUGGACACUGUCCUCAGAGUUGAACACAUACCGGAAAAUUCUAAAACCGGAAUUGCUCUCGAGAUACGAAUCAACAAGAUUGUUUACUGCGACGAAACAGGCGAAGAAAGUUCAAGUGUGAAUGUGCAUCAGCCAACCACAUUUGCAAAUAAAAACCUGCAGAUGGAAGGCAUCACCAUAUUUUGGGAUGAGUUUUCAGAUGCGUCUCGAGCUGCAUGCAAAUCUUCACCCACUCCAACGGAAACUGAGCCAAAGCUCUCCCCGAGCUGGAACCCCAAAAUAAUAUGUGAGCCUCAUCCACAGUUCACAGAGCCUGUGUCCUCUACGACACCCUUUGAACCUGUGCAGGUUGGGAGCCUCGGUGGUAGAAUUGAAUUGUCCCUCACUUUGAAAAACAACCUAGCUAUGCCUGGAGCAAAGCUGGAUGUUGUUGGACAUAUAGAUACACUGAUUUUUCUGCUGUCCCCACGGCAAGUUCAUCUUCUUCUGGACUUGUUUGGAGCUUUCUCUGGUGGAGGUGUGCAGGAAUGGGCUAAGGAUAGAAAGAGUCGACCUAUACAGCAGGAAGAUGAGUAUCGGCUCCAUAUGGAACUGAACCGCUGCCUGAAGAAGGAUACUGCUGUGCCAGGAGCAGACCCCGACCUCUUUGAGAGCCAGACCACCAGAACUGUGUCAAGUCGAGAUGAUGUGUUCUUCUCCAUGGCUGACAUGGACAUGUCUCACAGUUUGUCAUCCCUCCCUCCUCUGGGUGAACCACCCACUGUUGACUUGGAUUUGUCACUUAAUAGCAACUACUCAGCCUCACCAGGAGAAUCUCCCUCUGGAAAUGCAGCAGCUCUGUGGGAUGAUUACAUGGAUGUACCGCGCCAAAGAGAGAAGCAGGCUAAUGAAACACCCGUCCAGUCACGGGAUUCACAACUCCCUCAAAAAUUACUGAGACAGACUUCCCAUCCAUCCAAAACUCAUGGUGAUGAGUCAAGGCCAGAGCUGGUGUUAAAGCUGACACUGAGCAGCCUGGCUGUCUCUGUCCUCCACAUCGACCCGCUGCCACCACCAGAUGCUGCUCCCAGUCCCCUCGGCCCCAUGGCUGCGCACUUCUUCAGCAUGGUGGGCCCAGGCCAGCUCGCCCCGGCUGCUUUCCUUCAGUCUCGGACAGUGUUCAAUCAGGCUUGUCCCCAUGACCACCUCAGGUUUGUGGGCCAGGGUCUGAAGAUAAACUAUGAACACUGUCAGGGAUCCAGCUUGCGGACUUUCAGCACUGAUGUCUCCCUUAACCAGGUGGAAUUUCUGGAGUGUCUGUUCCCCUCUGAGGCUGUCAUUGCUGGCUCCCAAAGAGGCAUUCAGUACACUGAGCUCCUGACAUUUGACACCACAGCCAGUGCUGAUGCGCCGCUUACCACCUGCCUUCACCUGCUUUACAAACAGGCUGAGCGCAGGGGCCCUCAGGGCGGUCAAGUGCGCCUUAGCACCAUCCCCAGGAAAGCUGAGAUCCAGGUGGAGCUGGGCCCUGUGCGCUCUGAGCUGGACAUCAGCAUCGUAGACCGUCUCAACUCAUUGCUACAACCUCAGAAGCUGGCCACCACAGAGAUGAUGGCCUCUCAUAUGUAUACAUCCUAUAAUAAACAUGUCAGCUUGCACAAGGCCUUUACUGAGGUUUUCCUUGAUGACAGCCACACUCCAACUAACUGUCAUGUGUCACUGACCAUUAAUGCCCCAGUACUGGGCCUCGCAGUCCGCUUCCCCAUCCCUGACCUGCGCUCAGAUCAAGAGAGGGGCCCUUGGUUCAAGAAGUCCCUGCAGAAGGAAGUUCUCUACCUGGAGUUUGAAGACCUGGAAAUGAAAACGGAGUUCAUGGGUGGCAGCUCUCCUGACCAAACUAAGAUGGAACUCACGUUUAGGGACCUUAUUGGGAAGUUCCAAGAGGAGCCAGACCAACCAGCAGCCCGGUUCCUCAGAGUGUCCCACACCAUGGAUGGAGACAUGUCAACAUCUGAAAGUGUAAAGUUUGACUGGCCGAGGGUCGUACUGAAGAUGAACCCCACUGCAGUGCACUCGAUCCUCGAGCGUGUGGCGGCUGAAGAUGAUGAGGGGGCUGAGGAUCAUUCUCUUGAGGAGGAAGAAGAGGAGGGGGCUGCUCAUUCACUGAAGGAUGUGUGUGACUUUGGGAAACCAGAGCCAUCACCAUUCUCCUCACGCAGAGUUAUGUAUGAGAAUGAAGAGAUGGUCAUUCCUGGUGAUGUUGCUGAGAUGACAGAGUUCCAGGAAAAAACCAUGAACAACUCACGCUUCAUCCUUGAGUUGUGUUUCCCCAAUGUGCAAUUAGCGCUGCCCAGCAAGGCAUUUUAUGAAAAACUACACAACAGGAUAAACAAUGACCUGCUACUGUGGGAGCCCACUGCUCCAUCUCCAGUGGAGACUGUUGAGAACAUGCCGUAUGGAGUUGGCCUCUCUGUCGCCAGUCAGCUGAUCAACACUUACUCCAAAGACAGCUUCAGCCAGUUCCGCUCUACUGGACCUGAAGAAGAGACCAGCGGCUCAGAGGAGGAGAACAUGCACUAUUACUCUCCGGCCUCUGACCUGGGCCUCAGGUCUCGCAAAAAGAAAAAGCCCAGAACCCAGAGCAAGACCUCCCAGAGUCUGUUCUCUGUCAUCCUUAGUGUCAAUCACGGCCUGGUAGCUCUUCAGACUAAUGCUAAGAAGGAGGAUAAAACUAUACAGAAAAACAAACAUGGCGAGUUCUGGCUGGAGGUGAAAAAUGCUGUGCUGUUCAGUGUAACACAAUAUGAAGGCUAUAAAGACCAACACUACAUCUGCUUCCACACCAGUAGCAUUUGCAUGUAUCACCAAGGGCUUAUGGAUGGAGGCACCUCUGUCUCAGACAUAAAGUUGCCAUGCAGGACACAUCCCCAUUGGCUAGAGCCAACUAUCUACCAAUCAGAGACAUCUCCCGAGAGAUCCUCAACACCCUCAGAGGGGAUUGGUCUGGAGGCCCGCAGCAUGGUGUCCGUUGCUGUCAAAAUCUCCUCACAGAACGCAGAACGCAACGUCAAGGAAUUUCUGGUUGCUGUUGGAGUGAGAGGAGCCACACUCCAGCACAGAGUUGUCCCCCCCAGCCUGGGGUGGUAUGACCAGAUUGUCGACUUUCUGAAUGUCUCUGAUGAGCCUGUGUUGGGUUACGCUCCUCCUACAUCUGUCACCACCCUACAUCUACACCUAUGGAGCUGCUCUCUAGACUACAGACCCCUUUACCUGCCACUCAGAUCACUGCUCAUUGUAGAAACUUUCAGCAUCUCCAGCAGUGUCUCUUUAGAUCACUCCUCUUCAACACUCAGGAUCAUUUUGGACGAAGCUGCUCUGUUCCUCUCAGACAAGAGUAAUGCAGUCUCUGUUAAUCUAGCACGUGACUACGUCCAAGUGGUAGACAUGGGAACACUAGAGCUGAGGAUUACAGCUGUCAAACCUGGAGCAGAUGGAAAAUUGUCGGAGCCCAGAUUUGAGCUGCGCUGUUCCAGUGACGUCAUUCACAUCAGAACAUGUUCAGACUCCUGUGCCGCCCUCAUGAACCUUAUCCAGUAUGUAGCCAGCUAUGGAGACCUGCUGCCCCCUGCAGAACCUGAGGCCAAGCACAGCAGCAUUACUCAAAGAACCAAGGCGGAGUUUCCCAGCCGGCCCCCUUCACAGACACCCCUGCUCGCCGAGACUGAGCAGCAGAUGUUGCAGGAUCUGAUGAGUGAAGCUAUGGAGGAAACCGAUGGGCAGCAUACACCAGGGCCGCAGCAGAAUGGCGCGCAUGAGGAGCGGAAUCACGACCAUGAACCACCUCGCUCAGACCUGUUCCUCUUCCCAGAUGAGAGUGGGAAUUUUAACCAAGAUUCAAGCCCCACUUACCCCAUGCUUCACUCUCCUCUCAUCACUCCUGUCCCUAGCCUGGCCCAAGAGACAGAUGACUUUUGUAUCCUGGAAACACCUGGUUCCAGAGGAGAGGAUCGUGAUCAGGAACCAGUGGUAAAGCUCCUUACUUCAGACCCAGUGGAAAUCAAGGAUGAUCACUUCAGUCAGCCUCUGGAUGGGAGCGACUCCAGUCGUGGAGCCAUGAACUUUCCCAUCCCGGAGGUGCGCUACCUCAUCAAGGAGAUCUCUGUCAUUUGGCACCUUUAUGGUGGGAAAGACUUUGGGGGUGCGACUUUCACAGCCUCUCCUGCUAGAAGCCGAGGGUCUACACCUCAUAGCUCCCCCUCACAAACCCCAGUGAGACAGGCCAAGGCUUCAGGACGGGCAGGAGGUGGAAAAGGAAGGAACCCUGACGUUCUCAUGGAGAUCCAACUCAGCAAGGUGAGAUUUCAACAUGAGGUGUACCCACAGGCCCAGGUGGCCUCUGGGUCAGCAGUGGACCAGCCAGUCUCUCGGCAGGUGUUCGUCGUGCAGGACUUGGAGAUCCGAGACAGACUGGCGACUUCACAAAUGAACAAGUUCCUGUAUUUGUACUCUAGCAAAGAAAUGCCUCGCAAAGCCCAUUCUAACAUGUUGACAGUUAAGGCGCUGCACAUGUGUCCGGAGUCAGGUCAGGCUCCUCAGGAGUGCUGUCUGCGUGUUUCCCUGAUGCCUCUUCGUCUCAAUAUUGAUCAGGAUGCACUAUUCUUCCUGAAGGACUUCUUUACUAGUCUUGCCACUGAAGUUGAGUUUUUUUCACCACCUGCUCAAGAAGCUAUCUGUGUUUCCACAAAGAAAGCAGCCGCCCCCGAGAUCUCCUGCAGCUUCUCCAAGCACGCUGGCAGCAGCCAGGACCCGGCCCCAAUCAUCUCAGUGCCUGCUCAGAGACGUUUGAGCCACAAUGGUUUCUCCACAACUAGCAGGGAAGAAGCGACUGACAGUGAAGCCUCUGCUCCUUCUUUCACAGACCAGCCGAUCUUCUUUAGGGAGUUUCGAUUUACCUCUGAGGUUCCCAUUCGCUUGGAUUACCAUGGGAAACAUGUUUCAAUGGAGCAGGGAACAUUUGCAGGCAUCAUUAUUGGGUUGACACAGCUGAAUUGUUCAGAGCUGAAACUGAGACGGUUGUGCUACAGACAAGGAUUAUUAGGUGUGGAUAAGCUGUUUUCCUAUGCAAUAAAUGAGUGGCUUAAUGACAUAAAGAAGAACCAGCUUCCAGGUCUGCUGGGUGGUGUUGGACCUAUUCACUCACUGGUACAGUUGGUUCAGGGAUUCAGGGACUUGGUUUGGCUCCCGAUUGAGCAGUACAGGAAAGACGGCCGGAUAGUUCGUGGGUUUCAGCGCGGCACUGCUUCCUUUGGGACCUCUACUGCUAUGGCCGCUCUGGAGCUCACCAACAGGAUGGUGCGCACUAUACAGGCAGCGGCUGAGACAGCCUAUGACAUGGUAUCUCCAGUGCCUGAUGAGAGAGACACAAAGAGGAUAAAACGGUUCUCACAUUAUGGACUGGCUCAUCAGCCUGUGGACCUAAGAGAAGGUGUAGCCAAAGCCUAUACUGUGGUGAAAGAGGGGAUCACAGACACUGCACUGACUAUCUAUGACACAGCCACCCGGGAGCAUGAGCAGCGCGGGAUGACGGGGGCAGUGGGCGGAGUUCUCCGACAGCUGCCGCCAGCUGUAGUCAAGCCUCUCAUUAUGGCCACUGAGGCCACCUCCAAUGUCUUGGGUGGGAUGAGGAACCAGAUUCACCCCGAUGCUCGCCAGGAGGAAUCACAGAAAUGGAGGCAGGGCGAGGAGUAAUUGUUGUUGCCAUACGACACCUGAAACCAUGACUGUGCAGAAGCAGGAGCUGAUAAAUGUGAUGGAAACUUUCUUCAGAGCAUUUUUGAAGAGGAACAUCUCAGAGGUGCAUCACGACCCUGGUGUAAAUAAAAUACUGUUCAUCUCGUGGCAUUUUUUAGCUACUGUGAUUCAGCUUGUGUCAGCUUACCAGUUCCCUCACAGUGCCUUCAUGGUUAUCAGCAUAGUCCAACUGUGUGUUUAGUCAAAGGGAUGUAUGAUAGUGCGAUGAAUUAAUGAGCCACAUAUGGUGUUUAUGUGGAUUUUGUUCUGUUGUAGAAUAGACAAUGGCAUUUUAAAUAUAAAAUCAUAAUGAGGAAAUACGCUGUUGUUUCAUGAAGUGCAAACAUUUGCUUCAUUCUCAAACAGCUCUGUUUACAAGUUGUGUGGUUACAUUCGCUUAUUCUUCUUGGUGUUGACAAACACUAAUAAUAUAGGUGUAAUGACCCUUAAUUUAUAUAAUGUACUGUAUGUGCGCCUUGUUAUUUACUGUAAAUAAUCCUAAUGUAACAUUUCAUGCAAAUAGGAAAGAACAAACAUAGUAACUGAAUGUGUUACAGCUGUGAUCUGUAAUCAGCACUUUGAAGUGACUUGAAGGGUUACUCGCCCAAAUGAAUGAUAGAUGGGAAGAUUGCCCAGAUUCUUCACGAGUUUCACAAUUUUAUUUUGAGCUGUGAUCAACCUUGUGUAAAGUUCACAAAAGCUGCUGACCUGAAAGGCUGAUUUUGACAUUUAAAAAGUUUCUUUUUUUUUCCCGUCAGUCUGUUACUCAACAUUUUCAAAUUGUAGAUACCAACUUGUACAAGGAACUACAUCCACUCAACAUCUUCAAUUAAAGUCUUAAUAUUUUGCUCAGUUGAUUUUUUUACGUGUAUGCUUGAAUAUUGGUAUUUGACGUGAUAUGUUGUGUUGCAAAUAUUUGAUUUGCUCAUUUUCCUGUUUGUGGAAAGAAUAUUUCUUGUACAUACGUGUACAGUUGACUCUUGAAUUUGUAUGAAAAGCAUGAAAGGGAAUUAAAAACGGCUCAAGUCAC